AUGGAUUCUACUCACGAGUACGCCAGUCAAAUCAGGACACAUUUUAAAGUGUUCCCUAAGUUGCGCGUUUUCAGUUGGUUGGCAGGACAAACCGAUGUUGCAGAAUCCAACGUAGUCUCCAGUUUCCUCAACACCCUCAAUGAACCGCUUUAUGACUGGGACAGGAAUUAUAUAACCAAUGUUCUCCGAAUUGGAAAGGUUCUGAAAAGCCACGCCCGCGACUUUGUCGCCCAUUAUUGCCGGGCCACCACUGUUCCCUGGAUUUAUGGCAGCAUCAAUUUGUAUCGCCAGAAGCUGGGUUGCACUAUCUCAACCCUGGAGACAACCCCUUUUGUAACAGAAAUAUUAUCCCCACCUGCGAACAAGAAACUAGCCCCACCACUUGAGUUGUCGGCUUCCCUCUGUCAAUUGGGUAGCUUGGAUGAAUAUUGCAAUGAGUUUCACGCACGGGCUGUACAUAUUCCAGGACUAUUCCUUGAUAUCCAGUUAGGGCUAUUUCUCAAUGAGCUUCAGGAAACAAUUCGUGUUCGGUUUCAACCAAAUGAUGCAAUUGAUUUACGGACUGCAAUGCGAGUUGCACGUUCAAUCACCCGCGAAUAUUUUGCUCACCCUGAAAAAUCUCUUGCUUCACCAAUCAGAAGUGGAAAGAGAUGGAGUAUGGGUUUCGAGCUGGGCUUCCCAGACCCCCAAUACCUAGGGAAAACUUACAGCAGCAUUACCUUGAGGAUAACCAACAACAGCAACAGCUUCUUGGAUAAAAGGAAUGUCACCAAGCUCCAAAAAGUUCAUUCCUUCCCAGAACUCUUCAUUUUCGACAACCAGGAUAGCCAAAUCACAUUCAUGCCCAACUGCCUGCACCUCUGCUUUAUAUUUGAUGGGAGAACCAUGCUUUCUUACAAGAACAAACGUAUGAUCAGCCACAACAUGUGCAUUUGUCAGGAUUCUCCUACCCGAAAUAACAAAUCCUGCAGACAUUUUGCAGAAUUGCCAACUAAUGAGCAUCGUAUAUCCAUCAAUUUAAUUUUUUGA